AUCAUAGAGGAUAGCCAUGCCUGCUGUCAGCUAAUGGUUCACACAAUCUAUUCUGUCUGAUCCGUUCAAGUAGCCCAACGACAGGGUGUACCGGUGGUACAAUAAAGCGCGUUGCAUAUUUAUUUGAUUCUAAACUGUUGGUGCCAAGUUUCAACAGUCACCAGACAUGGCUUUAGUGGGAGUUAGAGCUUCAUACCACAGGAUUCUUAACCAGAUAGAGUUUCUACUACCUGGUAAACUGAGACCCAUUUACAACCAUCCUGCAGGUCCAAAGACAGUUUUCUUCUGGGCACCAGUGUGUAAAUGGGGUCUUGUUUUUGCGGGUCUGGCUGAUAUGACCCGACCGGCUGAUAAACUGAGUCUCUCUCAGUCUGGAGUACUCAUGACUACAGGUGUUAUUUGGUCCAGAUGGUCCCUGGUCAUCAUUCCCAAGAAUUGGUUUCUGUUUUGUUGCAACUGUUUUCUUGGUGCGUCGGGAGCCACCCAACUCUUUAGAAUCUGGAUGUACCAACAGGAAGUAAAGAAGCAACAAGAAGCAGAGGCUGCUGAACUAAAAAUAAAGCAGUUAGCAGAGGCCCAUCCAUUGUUGGAUUAUUUAGAACUAGCGACACUAACUAACUAGUGGAUCUGAUUAACUUGAUUAAAUGCAAUUUCAUCUUUGAGGACUUCAACGACCACAGAAUCGUCCAACUCAAUAACACCCCUCCCUCUGCAAAGCACAAUUCAUGCUGUUAAUUAAUAAGUAUGAGGUGAUAAUGUGAAGAUGACAGCACGUCUGCGUGAGGAUGAUGGUAAAAGAUUAGUAAAAGGUAAGAUUAGGCAAAGAAACAUACACAUUUACAAAUUCACACAACACUUUAAAGAUAGUGAAUGUUUGAGACUGAUGAUGGUUAAUGUUGUAUUUUUCAACGGUAAAACUUUGUUUUAGUCUUUUACCUCUUUGUCUGAUUUUAGGACGUUGUGGUAUGUAUAUAUUUAUUGAAAAUAAAUUCUAAAUUUGGGAUAAAACUG